CACCGUCACUUCCCCGGCCGCCAUCUUGUCGGGGCUGAGGCAGCGCCCGCCCGCCCCGAGCGCCGACCCGCCAUGGCCAACAACAGCCCCGCGGUGGCGAACUGCCAGGGGCAGCAGGCGGCCCAGCACCCGCCCGGCGCCGUCCCGCCCGUGCAGCAGCCGCUGCAGAGCGGGGGCCCCAAGCCGGCGGCCUCGGGCAAGCAGGGCAACGUGCUGCCGUUGUGGGGCAACGAAAAGACCAUGAACCUGAACCCCAUGAUCCUCACCAACAUCCUCUCGUCGCCCUACUUCAAGGUGCAGCUCUACGAGCUCAAGACCUACCACGAAGUGGUGGACGAGAUCUAUUUCAAGGUUACGCAUGUUGAACCAUGGGAAAAAGGCAGCAGGAAAACAGCAGGCCAGACAGGGAUGUGUGGAGGGGUGCGUGGUGUUGGAACUGGAGGAAUUGUGUCUACUGCAUUUUGUCUGCUCUAUAAAUUAUUUACACUGAAGCUUACUCGUAAGCAAGUGAUGGGCCUUAUCACUCAUACAGACUCCCCAUAUAUUAGGGCUCUUGGAUUUAUGUAUAUUAGGUACACACAGCCACCUACAGAUCUAUGGGACUGGUUUGAAUCCUUUCUUGAUGAUGAGGAGGACCUGGAUGUGAAGGCAGGUGGGGGUUGCGUUAUGACCAUAGGGGAGAUGCUUCGUUCCUUCCUCACUAAGCUUGAAUGGUUUUCCACGUUGUUUCCAAGAAUUCCUGUGCCAGUCCAGAAAGCCAUUGACCAGCAAAUUAAAAGCAGACCUAGAAAAAUCAAGAAAGAUGGCAAGGAGGGGAUGGAAGAAAUAGACCGGCAUGCAGAGCGUAGACGUUCAAGGUCUCCAAGACCAAGAUCCAUCAGUCCCAGGAGGUCUCCCAGAAGAUCCAGAAGCAGAAGUCACCAUCGGGAAGGCCAUGGAUCAUCUAGUUUUGAUAGAGAACUAGAAAGAGAAAGAGAACGGCAGAGAUUAGAACGUGAAGCAAAGGAGAGAGAAAAAGAAAGGCGGAGAUCUCGAAGUACCGAUCGCUCACUAGAGCGGAGACGAAGCAGAAGCAGGGACAGAUACAGAAGCCGGAGUCGAAGUCGUGACAGGAAAGGAGAUAGAAGAGACAGGGACAGGGAGAGAGAGAAAGAAAAUGAACGGAGUCGGAAAAAAGAGAGAGAUCAUGAUAAGGAAAGAGGUAGUGAGAGGGAAAAAGAUCGAUCUAGAGAAAGGUCAAAAGAAAGGAAAAGUAAGGGUGACACAGAGGAGAGAAGACACAAGGAUGACAAAGAUGAGAAAAAACAUCGCGAUGACAAGAGGGAUUCCAAAAAAGAGAGAAAGCAUAGUAGAAGUCGAAGCCGGGAAAGAAAGCAUAGGAGUAGGAGCCGAAGCAGGAACACAGGUAAGCGCAGCAGAAGCCGGAGCAAAGAAAAAUCAAGUAAACAUAAAAAUGAAAAUAAGGAGAAGUCAAAUAAACGAAGUAGAAGCAGAAGCAGAGGAAGAACAGAUAGUGUUGAGAAGUCCAGGAAACGCGAUCAGAGUCCCAGCAAAGAAAAAUCUAGGAAGCGUAGCAGAAGCAAAGAACGUUCCCACAAACAUGAUCACAGUGAUAGCAAGGACCAUUCUGACAAACAUGAUCGUCGAAGGAGCCAAAGUACAGAACGAGAGAGCCAAGAAAAGCAACAGAAAAACAAAGAUGAGACUGUGUGAAUUCUUUCGGAAGUGGAUCACAUUGAAUCCUAUAAAUGUUUGAUUAAAUCCUGCUUAUUUUUUCUUAAAGUUGAGAUUGUGCAGUAGUUGAUGAGCACUCUUCUCCAACCUCCCUCUAGGCUGCAGAUUGUCAUUUCCUAUUUCGGGUAGGGAAGUGCCUUUGUAAACCCAUUCAAUGCAUUGACGGUUUCAAACCAUUAGUUUAGUUUAAUUUGUAAUGCGGAGAUUGUUCUUGCAUUUUUAUUGUUCAGAUGUUUCUGAAAUGUACAGUCUGUACAUAUGUCCUGAAAAUGUUUUAAUUCCUUUGGCAUGGUUGCCAUGUUGGUUAAAUUUGUAUGAGGCAAUAAACUGCCACUAAUUAUA